AAAGCUAGAGCUAUGAGUGUAAAUACCCAAGUGAUUGCCAGACUUCUGGUUUUGAUGUGCUCAGGGGUUAACUUACAAGGCGAGACUCUGUAGGAGGACCACUGUUGAAGUGUUUGCUUUUGUGGGAUGGGUGGAACAAGAGGAUAUUAUUUAGCUGGUUUUAGAUUUGCUAGGUGGCAAAAGUAAGAUUAUUAGGGUAAUUGGAACUAGGAAAACCAGAAAUGAAUGGGAUAAAUAGGUGGCAGAGGAAUGGAAACAGUAAAUAGCAUGUCAUGGUAGAGGAUGAGACAAGAAAUGUCCCGUAAGAGUUGAAGCUGUCGAGAUGAUAAGUGUACAGUGUACAUGGUAAGAUCAGGUGAAAAUGGAAGAACUGUGGAGAUGCAUAGACGUGGUGAAACUGUAUAUGUGAGUUAAAAUAUUUAUUAGACUUUUGCGAGACCGCUUAUGUAGACAGAAAAUCAAAUCUGGCGUUCUUCGAAGGUUUGAAUAAUGAAUAUUUCAUCUAUUUUUUCCCUAUCCCGGAGAUUUUAUUUACCAGACGUAUUUACUCCAUCAAAUAAAAUGUAUUGGAUAGAGAAAAAAUAAAUAUUCAUUAUUCAAAGCUUCACAGAACACGUAAUUUAUCCAUUUUAUUAAUAUUCAGAUAAUAAAAGUUCAUCCAUUUGAUCAAUAGUAAUUAUAAUAAAAGUUCUUGCUUAUUAAAGGUACGGUAGUAGUAAGUGACGAUUCGGUGCUUUGUAACGGUACCUGUUUAAAAGUACCUACUCUUGCAAAUUACGUCCAAUAUCGAAGGCAAUUUUAAUAAUGGAACGAAUUUAAAUCGUCAAUAAAGUUACGUAAUUACUUUUAUUAGUUAAACGACAGAAAUGACCACUGAGUAACUAAAUAAAGGUUCGAAAAGCUUAAUAAUAAUCUGGUAAAGCCAGCAGGCCAGACCAGCAGCCGACAAUAUGGCGAUGUGACAUAGGCACAACAUAAACCAUCUGUCAUGUUUCCACAACGAAACACUUUGUCAGGAUACACAAUAGCUGAAGAAAACAUUGCAACGUACCAAGAUCUGUGCAAGGAGCUUUCCAAAACUACCAGUGUAUUCUGUUACAAACCACCUUCAUCGUAUAUCUUGAAUUCCCAAGAAAACAAACGCAAACAUAGCGAUGCUGAAACAGAAGCCGGACAGAAGGACAAAAAUUCAUCCAUAGUGAAAAAGAAAGUCAUUCCAGGCAAAAAUAUACGAAGGAAAUCAUCCGAAAUCUCAGAACUUGCCGACAUAAAGACUUUACAAAAACAUUUCAUAAGUUCACUCGCUAACGUUAGUGCUCUUGAUACUGGGUUAUUUAAGAAUGUGAAACCUUCCCAGGUGUGUGCCUGUGAUUCUUCUGUGAUAAGUGAGGAUGUGUUAAUUCAGGCAUGCAAGAAAAGUGAAAAAGUUGAUGAUAAUAUAGCGUCUAUAAUUGGCAGUCUUCUUUUGCUACCAAAGAUGUAUCACCUCUCCAGUAAACUUGCCCCAUCGUCGUGCGAUGCUCUCUGCGAAUAUGUGCGUCACCAUCCAAAAAUAUCUGUGACCAGCUUAUUAGUACCUUUCCUUCAAAUUUGUCCUGAACCCAAAGAACAGCAUAUAGAUUUACUAAUACAGUUGACAGAAAAUUGUUCAUCGCCUCUAUCUUCACAGCUACUAAAUGCUCUAUCCUCAAGAGAAGUCGUGAGUGAAGUGGAUUUGGACAUUUUCCAGCACUUGUGCAAGAAAGUUGACCCACAAUCUGAAACCAAUCAUACGGCAGUUCUCACUUUUCUUGGGAAAGCUGUGAAGAGUCACCAUGGAUUAGUCAAGUAUGGCCAGUGCCUUUUGUACAUUGUUAAACACAUGGGUAAAUUCAUCACAGAUGAAGAUCCUCUGCAGUCUCUGGUCAAUGGCCACACCUCUGGCAUGAAAAAAGGUAUACAGAUCCAGCUCAAGAAAGUUUUGCAGAAUAAGUGAUACUGGAUUUAAGCAUCUGAGUGCCUGGAAUUGAGCAGUAUGAGCCAAGAAGUCAUCAAAAGAAGUCUUCAUCUCAACUAGGAACCUCUUAUCACAAGACAAGAGUUGACUGUGAAGCUGUGCGGAAGAAUCCAAAUGGAAAGGGGUUGGAUGGACACUUAGCGUAAAGCAAUACGUCCUUACGAUGUACACACCACUUGUAUAAAAUGCUCAAUUGCUACUUCGACCAGGAAGACCAUGUGCAGCUGUUCACAGUUCUUAUCUGACAAGAUCUAAGAAAGAAAUCUGUAAGGGUCACCAAAAUAUGUCGACCAACACUUGAUAAGCAGCUAACACAAGGUGAAUCUUUGUGGAUCUGAAAGUCAAAGCUACAUACUAACUUCAAUGUGGUUCAUCAACUCGGCUGUACUAAAGGUUUUCUGCAGUGGCAGCAUUUUCAUCUUGCUUGAGUUUCAUUUCAGGCUGUUCUAUGAGCAAGAGUCAGUGCUGAUAAGUGCCAGUUUGAAAAACAACAAUAAUAGGUCUUCUACUAAACAGCAACUAUUUUUAGCUGUCUUGCUCUAUUCUGCACUCCAAUUAAAAUCCCAGAAUAUCAAUCCAAUGUAGUAAAUUCCUUGGGUCUUCAGAUAAGUCAAGAAAUUCUCUGCAUUAUCCUCUCACUGUAUAGCUUCCACUGGAUCUUUUUGUAGCAAACCUUUAGAGACAACAGGCUUGAUCACCUGGCAUGCAGAUGCAUAAUCUACUUUUCUCAAGGGUCUGAAGCAUAUAAGGUUACAUUUUCCACAAGAAACGGCUGUAAUGGUAAAGGGAAGUGCAAGUUUAUGACUCAUCAGUCAAUUGAUUCCUCAUUAUGAAGACUUUAUUUUAAUUACAGCAUAAAGUGAGGCCCAUGCUCAUUCUUUAACGGCAUGAUCACGGCUCAAAUUCUGCACAACUUACUGACAUGACUGGAAGGGAAAAUUGUAACAGAAAAAAAGUUCCAAUGAAAAGAUCCUCCUACAAUGCUAUUCCUGAAUUUGCAUUGGCCUAACAAUACUGGCUCUCCUGCCUCUUAAACCGAUACUGUACGACAUUUUUCACCUACAUAUUUGCUCCAUAAUAAAAUUAUUUUUGAUACCACACUUGAUAUUGUAGAUAUUUUGUUUUUCCCCAUAUGAUAUGCGCUGCAUAAUUAUUUUUGAUACAAAUCAUUAUAUACUGUUAAAGAUUUCCAGCUUCUUUACCUGUUUGUAAAUUGUGAACUGUUAUUUUUGCAUUCCUUGAUGUGUGCCCACUGGUUAAUGACAGUGGGCACUAAGAUGGAGGGGUAAAAACAUGAAUAUCAUGCACCUUCCUUUCAAUGUAUUUUGGUAGUCCAUCACUAUCUCUGCGAGUACAUACUCUAACUUGUUAAAAAGAUAUCCAAAUACUGUCCUUGCUUGUAAAAAUUGGAAAGCUAAAUAUUCCUGCAUGUUUUUCCUACCUAAUUCCUAGUCUAAGCCUGUACACGUGCAUGAGUUAGUAAUUUACUACUAUGAGGAGCAAGUUAUUAUAUAACUGCCUGGUUAUAUUAAUAAAUGUACUAAUACUACUGUCUUGUUCUUAAACUAUUUUCCUCCACUAUGUACUAUACACCUAUAAACUCAGUACGGAGUGUUAGAAGACUAGAGACAAGGAAAGAUUACUCAAAAUCCUACACAUAUGGCUUGGCCUACUCCCUUUGGUAACACAUUAGAGGCAUUUUCUAAAAAUGAUGUGUAAGCAUUAGCAACGU